AUGGGAGGCGUUCGCACGAAAACGAUCAAGAAGGCGUCGCGUGUCAUCAUCGAGAAAUACUACACCCGCCUAGGCCGCGACUUCCACACCAACAAGAGGAUCUGUGAUGAAGUAGCCCUGAUCCCUUCAAAGAAGCUGCGCAACCGCAUCGCCGGAUUCAUCACUCACCUCAUGGCCCGCAUCGAGAGGGGACCAGUCCGCGGCAUUUCCAUCAAGCUCCAGGAGGAAGAACGUGAGAGGAGAGACAACUACAUGCCCGAGAUCUCCGUCGUGGACCCACGCGAAUUGACUUCGAUCAAGGUUGAUGCCGACACCGAGCGGAUGAUCAAGGAAAUGGAGCUGAACAUCCCCUGCCUUCAAGUCGAGGACGUCAAGAGCGGAGCUUUGCACAUCGACGAGUCUUCCCUGCAUGGCUGUAUAUCAAACCUGGUCCAAGGUCCCCAUCGGUUACUGGAUAAGCUUUGCAGCGAGCCGGAUGGGUCAUCAGAAGAGACAUCAACCGAAUCCCUCCACCACGACGAGCCACCCCACCUGGCCGCCCUCCACUUGGCGGAUAAUGGCCACCGAAUAACGUCACCUCAGCCUGUAUAUGUUGCCGAACCACUACAGGUUGUCGAAGGCCCUCGUCACGGACUUCUGACCCUAGCCAGCAACCCGGUAUCCUCAUUCACCUACGCCGAUUUGUUGGCCCGGAACGUCGUCUACAAACACGAUGGCAGCGAGACGCGGGAGGACCAUUUUGAUUUCCAGAUUGAAUUCCCGCGCAUCGGCACUAUGGAUUUCCCGUGGCUGGAGACGACCACAUACACGCUGAAGAUUCGCAUCAAUGGAGUCAACGAUCCGCCCGAGUUGAGCGACGCCACGGGCGGCGGCGUCGUGAAGGUGACGGCCAAGGGCAGCAGGGCCUUGACGGCUGAAUUGGUUCGCUUGAAUGAUGUGGACGAUUCGCCGGAUACGGUUCGAAUCCAAGUCGUGGAAUCGAAGGGAGCGCAUGUGACACUGUCUAAUCGGACGGUCACUGAAUUCACGCAACGCCAACUGCUGAAUGGGGAGAUCCGCCUGGUCGAUGAGGGACUCUCUGACCAUUCAACGAUCCGACUUGUAGCUCGAGAUAGUGAGUCUCGAAGCGCUGUUCUGCCAUUAAAGAUCGUCUCCGUGCCGAUCGGCGUGCGCCCUGAGUUCAACACCGGCCUCCGGCUUCUCCAUCACGGGUCGGCCAUCAUCACGAAGGAGAAUCUCUCCUUCGUCCCGACCGUCCCCGAGGUCCCGUUGCACUACCGUAUCGUUGGGCUGCCCGAGCACGGAGUUGUUGAAUGUUCACCACCAAACGGCCACUUUCACGUGUGCACCACAUUUUCACAGAGUCAGAUUGCGAAGAGCCUGGUGCGAUUUCGGCACACUGGAAGCGGAACGCCACCUCAAGAUACUUUCAGUUUCCAGGUUGAGUCCGGCGAUUUCGUAAGCAUGGUGCACGCCUUCCGUGUCACCUUCAUCCCGAUGAACAUCAAAGUGUUCAACCGGGAAGUAUUCCUGCUCAACGGAACGGAUAACGGGAUGCUUGGCCGCGCCAACCUCUUCGCCUGGACCUUCCCGAAAAGCUACAAUUCCGACCAGCUGGUGUAUCAUAUUAUUGAACCUCCGAAAUUUGGAAUCCUUUCCCGGAAGAUUGGGGCCAGAAAUCGAAGAAUCGGCGUUUCGUCCAACUUCACGCAAGAGGAUAUUGAUGGGAAUACGAUCAGCUACAAACUCCAUUUCAUGCAGUACUCGAUUCUGAACGACUACUUUCUAUUUAAAAUCAUUGCCCCGUCGGUGCAGUCCGAGAUACAACGCUUCGAAAUUGUCUUCAUCCCCUCCCAAGCGUCGAUACAUCUCGUCAAUCGAACUGUGGUUGUGGAUGAGGGGGCGAGUGCUCAGAUCACCAACGAAUUCCUCUCACUUUCGACGCCGGACGACAAAAACUUUGUAUUUACAAUUGCCGUCCCGCCAGAACAUGGCAGUCUUUCGUAUAAGAAUUCGAACGGAAAAUACAUCCCUAUCAAGGCCGGAAAUAACUUCACCACCGCCCAUAUCAACGACGGCCGAUUAUUCUACAAUCACUCCGGCUCAGAGUCGCGCUCCGAUCGCGUGAGUCUACUCGCGGAAUCGGCGUUUCGGGGUGGGACCCGAAUCCCGUUGUCUCUGUCGUUUUCCGUGAUCUUGCACAACGACAAUCCGCCGGCGUUGAUCGGGCCCGACACCAUCUAUAUUACCCCGAAAGGAGAACGAGUUUUUUACCCGCAUAUGCUCGAUUGGCGGGACGAUGACGUUGAUUCAAUGCCGUUAAAAUUCUCAUUUUCCGCUGGCGCGAAGGAAGGCGCAAUCUUGUCGACAAUUUCCCCUCAUCUACCGGUCACCAGCUUCACGCAGGAGGAUUUGGCGAAAAAGAAAGUGAUGAUUCGACACCUCGGGAAUAAGGCCAACUUCUCGAUCGAUUAUACGGUGUCGGAUGGGGCUCGAUCUGUCCCAGGGACGGUCCAUAUCGUGUCGAGCGAGUUGUUUGCGGAAAUUGGACAAGCCGAGCUGACCUAUUGCUGUCUUCCCGGGGAUCGACCGCAAAUUCAAGUACACCCCGGCAACCUGACGGUCCGCACAAAUCACGAUCUGCCACUAUCCGAAAUUGUCUACAACACCCCCAGCGUUCAUUUUGUCAUCAAACGAAAUGGCACCGCCCAGGGAGCUUCAAAAUUCACGCAGCAGGAUAUCUACGACGGUGUACUCUACUAUACUGUGCACGCCGCCAAGAAAGAGCCAAUUACGGUGACCGUUGGAGAGAAGCGGGUCGAGGGAGAGAUGAUCCUGACCCUCCGUUCUCUGGGGGCUUCCCUCGAGCUUCGACGCUCUCAACCACUAUCCGUCCCGGUCGGUGGCGCUUCAAUAAUCAAUAACGAAACACUGCUUCAGGGAGACGCCGUAACCCCAAGCGGGCAACUCGUCUACUCUGUAACCAGACAACCCUUGACCGGCCAUCUGGUGCUCGAUGGAGGCGCUUCUUAUGUGAGCACCUUCACCCAGUUUGACGUGGACAGUGGCCGCCUACAAUAUCUGCACACUAGCAAAUCGCCUGGACGCGACUCCUUCACUCUCAACAUCAAAAGCCCGCACGCCUCCAAGGGCCCCUACACGGUCUAUGUGGAUGUUUAUGAGCAUCAUGUGGCGAUGAACACCUCAUCCCUACAUCUCGUGGCUGGCGGUAGCGCGGUGUUGGCCCCGAAUAUCAUUGGCGUCACAUCUUCGGAUCGCGGCGACUACAUCGUCAAGGUGGUCGCACCGCCCAGGGCUGGUUGGCUGGUGAAGGACGGGUGGACGUUGGCGAAUAUUCAGCCGAUCGAUAGUUUUGCCGGCAGUGACCUGCGAGAACGGAGAAUCGUCUAUGUUUCGGAUAAGAGCGCCAACCUGGCCAGGGAUGUUUUCCAGGUAAUGGCCUGUAUCAGCGGCGAAACUUGCACCAACCCAGAGCCGGUAGAAGUCACGAUAUCCCAGCAAAAUAAGCAAAGCCCGCUAAUCCUUCGCAACGAGGUGCUGAGGGUGAUGAGCACCAACUUUGCAGUGAUCACGAACAGCCAUUUGGGCACUGAGGACACCGACACCCCGCCCUACCAAGUAUUCUUUCUCAUCUCCAAGCCGUCGAAUGGGCAUGUCGCCAGGGUAAUUGAGCCCGACAAGGCGAUCUACAACUUUUCGCAAAAGGAGAUUGACGAUAGUGCGAUCGCGUUUUAUCGGGGAUCUAAUUCCUCCGUCGGUUCUGGAGGCUUUUCGUUUUUGAUCUCUGAUGGUGUACAUCAACUAGGUCCGGAAUGGUUUACGAUAGAGGCAUGGGAUGGUCAGAUCAACGUCGCUCUCGAGGCAAAUUCUCGAUUGCUAUGCGCCCCAGACACCAACGCCGUCAUCAGCAUCGAUUUGUUACGCGCAAACUUGCCGAAUGCCGCCGCCCCGGAAAUUGUCUUCGCAGUUCACAAAGCCCCAAGAUACGGCAAAUUGACCGUUAGCGGGGUCGAGAGUCAUCGCUUCACCCAGCACGACAUCAAUCGCCGGCUCGUCAGCUACACGAUAUCGACUCCCCAAAACGAGUGGACAAGACGGGAUUCGUUUACUUUUACGAUUGGGCUCAAUGGGACGUUCAAUCAACCGAAUGGGGAGGAGCAUAGAUUCCGAAUCACCUCCACCUAUGCGGCCCUCACGCCGGAUCAACUACAAAGGCUCGUCAGCACCCAAUCACUCUAUGUUUCUCGAGGCGGCUCAACGGCGCUUAAUCAAAGCCAUAUCAACGCCGGCGCAUUGACGAAGAAGGUCGCGAAAGAGGUGAUAUUGAUGGAAAUCGCCAAAGAGCCUCGACAUGGCGAUGCAGCUUGGUUGGAUUUGCCGAAGGGCAUUUUGACAUGGUCCGAUUUUGCCAGAGGCUGGCCUUUCAUCUAUCGACACUCGGGCGAAUCCGAUCGUGAUGAUGAGUUGGUAUUCUACAUCUACCCAGCUAGCGAAUCCACGCGCAGCGCUAGCCGGCUACGAAUCCAAAUUCCGAUUCGCAUACUGCCGAUACGCGAUCAUGCGCUUGAGGUCUCGCUGUUCCCCCGCUCGAUCGCUUGCAUAUCUGGAGGUGCAGCUCCCCUGGAUCAGACGAGCUUCUUCGCUACCCACCCCUCCGUCCCCCCGCAAAGUAUCAUCUACCACGUCGUGCAAAAUGGCAGGAAUGGCGCGAAGAUCCGAGUUUCCCAUCGAAAUCGCGAAAAGUUCUCGCAAGAAGAGCUAAAUCAAGGCCUAGUUUCGGUGGUGCACACGCCUGCCCCAGCAGGUUCAGCCCCCGCCGAUGUGAUUGUAUUCUCAAUCGAUGGCCUGUAUAAAACACUCAUUGUAAAGAUUCGGCCUCUGGAUCUGGCGCUGGAGAACCAUACGACGAUUCACUAUCAACAGGGGAAAACUUAUGUGGUGCUCAGCCGCUCUCAUCUUGGCGCCUUUUCCAACGGGGAUCGUGCCAAAAUCUCGUACAAAAUCGUCCUUCCACCGGAAAACGGCACUUUCUAUUGGGUAGCUGGCGAGAAGGAGACGAAGGAGUUUAGUCAGGAUGAUGUCGAUAACGGCCGCGUGUUGUAUGCACAACUUAACAUGCAUUCCUACAAGGACUCUUUCGAGUUUGUCGUCGCAAACGAGGGCCGGGAUACCGUCCGGAAUCGCUCGGAAAUUGUCGUCAAAUCACUGGUUGUUGCUCAACCUGUAAUCGUUGAGGCCAAUACGACAACCCCGAUCACGAGUUCGCAGUUGAACGCUAGUGCGCUUGAGGGAGCAACUCCACGUUUCCUUGUCGCAUCCCCACCCCGUUACGGCCGCAUCACCCUCGACCUCGGCUCGUCUCAUUCCGCCCUCUUCUUCACCUACAACGACAUCACCAAGGGAAAAGUCUUGUAUCAAGCCUUUGGAAGUUCUGAUGAGGUAACGGAAAACCUGGAACUCGAGGUCCGCGCUGACAGUGUCCAACCGGCUCGCUUAAUCCUGCCGAUAACAAUUCUACCCUCGGAUGACACCGGAAACGGGCAUUCCUCUAAAGAAAAGAUGGAACCGGAUGAGCAUCUACAGGGCGAGAAGCAUGACGAGGAGGCUUUUUUGAAAAAUUUUCCACGACUUGUCAAGCCGGAUUAUCUUCUGCAUAUUUCGCUGCUGGGUGUCAUCGUCUCGAUCGCGAUUAUGAUCAUGAUCUGCAGAUUUCGAGCGGCCAGCCGGAAAAAGAAGAAGCUUAAGUCUACGAAGUUGGAUGAAGCUGGCGAACAAGCUCGCGCCGAAACGGGAAAAAUGCUCGAGGCUCACAAGCGAGAGCUAGAACAGCGAAAUGUGCGAACCCCGCUGAAGUCUUUCGAGUCGCCGAAGAUGCGCGGCUCUUUGCCGCUGAGCGCGCAGCGCCUAGCCCAGGAUAGCCCGCGCGCGCGACGGCAUGCUCCAUCUUUAGAUUAUGCAGGACUUUCCGGCGAUAACACACCUCCAGCCAUGCCGCUCUACCAGCAACUAUCGAGACCCGCGGGCGAGACUCAGCACUGGGUA